GGGCAGAAACGAUUGAAAACAAGUGCUCGGCUAACAUACACGCUAGUGGCCUUGAGUGAGGCUAACGUUAGGGUUAAUCCGGGGAACGAAGGUUAAUUUGCCGAAAUAGGUGCAGAAAGGGCGCGAUGGCCGCCGUUCUCGAGUCGUCGUACUUUCGACAAAGACUUCGGCAGAUGGACAACGUGAAUUUCCACGUGCAAGACAACUCGCGGCUGGGUCAAUGUGACUGCACUUCCUACUCAUACCUCGUGCUGGCCACUAUGCUGUUCUCCGUAGGCACUGUCAUCACCGUGUUGGCCGCCGGUGAGACGCACGACUACGUCUUCUACACUCUCGGUCACAUGUGGCUUGUGGGGCCAAUUUUCAUCUGCUCAGGCCUCAUGGUUGCUGUCAAGAGCGUACUUUACCUGCGCAAAAAGUAUUUGUUGCAAAUGCUUAUGCGGCAGCGCGCCCUGUGGAGGGAAUUAGUUCUUCAAGCAAGAAGGCAACACCAGCAACAACAGUACAUGGCCAGGAAUGCCAGCAGUUUAACUCUACCCCCUUCAUAUGAAUCAAUUGUGGUGCCCCAGCAAACUCACAUUCCAAGUAACCCAGUGAAUGACAACCCCGAAUUAGGGGCGAUGAGUCUAGCGGUGGAAUCUUCUGAGGUGCCACCGCCUACUUACGAGGAGGCGAUGAUUUUGUUUGGUGACGAGAAACUCUUUCGAGUUUUCAUGGGAGAUGGAAAAUGUCAGCCUACCAACAGUAUCUCGUCAGAAGGUCAUUUCAGUGGAGACAAGUUACACCAAUCUCACAAGCCCUGAAAGAAACCCAUCUUUUCAACCUUGCUCUUACUGAAUAGUUGCUUCUAAAUACUCUGGGAAGUAUUGAAAUAACAAAUUUUUAGUAUUUUCAUCACGAAUGCAGCUAGUCGUAGCAUGAAACAAUUGAUUCUCAUUAUCAGAUCAAGCGAUGAACAUGAAUCAUACGUUGCCUUGCAUGUAUUUUCAAUAUUUCCAUUUACUAGUGUUACGCUGAUACAGGUAUAACAGUUAAUGUGCUACGUUUCCUAAUUUGAAUAGCUCUCAAUCCGUUAUGCUGACUUCGAAAGCAGUCAGAAAUCAGAAAGUUGAUGUGAUUUAAAUCUCUCUGCACCAACGACUGAAAACCUAGAAUUGUUAAUAUAAUAUUUCUCUUGAAACAUAUAUUUUUAUAAGGACACGGCUUUGGAUAUUGACAAGUAAAAAAAUUGACAAGAUGUUUAUUUUGGCAUAUUUGGCGAACAUGAUUCCAUCGGUUACAAUAGAUUUGUCUUAGUUGAUUAAUAGCGUGCCAUAAAUUUGGGCAGCGUGGGCAUAAACUACUCAAAAUGUGAUAUUCUAUAGUGUGAAGUUAUUUUUUCGAUGCAAAUUAAGGUAGCAAAUUGAAGUUAUAUCAAACGCCCUUAAAAACUUAAGCACAAUCAAUCAAUCAACGUAAAUCUCUGAUAAACAAAAUAAUUGUAUUUUUGCUUCGUAAAUGAAAAUUGACCAGUCAUGCAUCUCAUAGCUCACACUCAGUACUCUAAGAGAGCAAGUAGUGUCAUAGAAACAACCUUAUUGAACUUGUGUGAAAUCAUCAAAUUCAUUCCUCUGAUGCGUUUCGUAUCUUGACCAGACCAAAUCUUUUUAAUUUGGCAUUUAAUUAUGAUUUAAUAUAAAAUAAAGAUUGGACAUUCUUUGUAUAAAUUGAUUUCUAUAUUUUAUUAUUUACAUUUUGGCACUUUAACAACUGUAAAAAGUUAGUUAAACGACUUGAUAUUUCCGAUUUUUGUAAUCAAUCUCACCAGUGAUUUAAAAAGAUGUACACCAGAAAUAGGCUAUGCUAGUACGUACUUUGCUUGCUAUCAUACGGCAAAUGACGUCCCUUUCCUCAGAGGUUUGGGAAUUUUAUAGAUAGAGGCUUUGCUUCUUUUAAGCUGUUCAACUGAUAGUUCUAUAUUUUAGUGAUAAUUUUUUAUUUUAACCAAAAUGAAGGUCGCUGUAGUGAGAGUAUAAUUUUGAUUUUGCCUUGUCAUUGUUUAAAUCGAAUGCAAAGAGUGAAAAAAUGCAAAUGCAUACAGCUCAAAGAAUGCAAAGAGAUAAACAAUGACAAAAAAUCUGAAAAAUAAGCUGAGAAUUGAGAUUGUAAAUUAAGUCAUUUAUAAGCAUACAAAAUCCAAGUCGUGCAUUUCAUUAUUGUUAAACGCGCAUGCACAUGGAUUUUUUUUUUUUUUUGGAAAAUCAUGAUAUUCUGAUACAGUUAAAUUAAAAUAGAUAAAAAAUGCCAACAUCCUUGUUGACAAUGGUAUAUUAAUCCACAGAGAAAAGAAAAAUAUUGUGUUAAGUAAAAAUCAAAAUAAAUAUAUUUUGUACGCAUAUUAA